GCGCUCAAAUCUUCCUCGACAAUGGUAAAGUCUUAUGCAAAAUACGAGCCAGGACUUGUCGGCGUCCUCGGCCUCGUCGCCAGUGCAGGAGCAAACGUGAUCUACGCCAACGACACCGGUCGAAUUGGAGCAGGCUAUGCAGUGGCGCCGGCACUCGAGGAGGUCAUUGUGUGGGAUGUGAAGAAGGGGGAGCAGAGGAGUAGAUUAAGGGAUCUGGAUUGUACGGCGGAGGUUACGGUCAUUGCGCGGAGUUUGGCGAAUGGUGAUAUGUACGCUGUGGGAUAUUCGGAUGGAUCGAUCAGGAUCUGGGAGUUGUCGUCGUCGAAUCUUGUGGUUACUUUCAAUGGUCACAGAUCAUCUGUUUCGGCACUCUGUUUCGACGUCAGCGGUACCCGACUCGCCUCCGGAUCGAAGGAUACCGACAUCAUCGUCUGGGACGUCGUCGCCGAAGUCGGUAUCUCCCGUCUUCGUGGCCACAAAGACCAAAUCACCUCUAUUCGUUUCCUUCGCACCCCCCUCGCCGGAGAAAACGUCGGUUUUACCGAUCCAACGACCGAUGCCGGAUGGCUUCUCACAUCCUCAAAAGACACCUUCCUCAAGCUCUGGGACCUGUCAACCAAGCACUGCGUCGAAACCCACGUCGCCCACCGCGGCGAAGUCUGGGCCAUGAACAUCUCCGACGACGAAAAAACCUGCGUCACGUCUGGACCCGAUGCAGAAAUCAAGUUCUGGGAUAUCAAUACGAGCGCACUCGCAAUCACCAGCGACAACGCCGAAGAAGUAAAACGCAUCACGCAGCGAGGAAUUUUGAUGAGGCAGAGCAAGGAGAGACCUAUAUCACUAUCAUUCCACCCACGAGGAGAGUUCUUGGCUUGUCAGGGUGCGGACAGGGGAAUUGAGAUUUGGCGUUUAAGGAGCGAGGAGGAGAUCAAGAAGAAGCUUACCCGUAAGCGUAAGCGGAGAAAGGAAAAGGCUGUGGAGGCUGGGGAGGAGUAUAAUGAGGAGGAGGUCCAGGUCGAUCUGGAUGAUGAGAUUGCGCAGUAUGUUACUGUACGGACACCUGUGAAGGCUCGGUCGUUCGAUUGGGGAAUGCAUGCGGAAGACCCGAAGAAGGCUGGGUCAAUACAGUUCUUGACAUCGUUGACGAAUAACGUGUUGGAGCUGUAUACCGUUGCCGUACAGAAAUCGGCGAAGAAAUCUGCUGGACCGCCAGAGUAUGAGCGUCUUCACUCUAUCGAACUACAGGGUCACCGCUCGGAUAUCCGUGCUUUGGCAAUGAGCUCAGAUGACGAGAUGUCAGCCUCUGCAUCCAACGGCUCGCUCAAGAUCUGGAACAUCAAGACCGGCGCAUGCAUCCGUACCUUCGAAUGCGGCUACGCCCUCUGCGUCUCCUUCCUCCCCGGCGACAAAGCCGUCGUCAUCGGUACGAAAACCGGCGAACUCGAGCUCUUUGACGUCCCAUCUUCCGCACUCAUCGAGUCUGAGAAGGCACACGAUGGUCCGGUGUGGUCACUUCAGGUUCACCCCGACGGGAAAAGCUUAAUCACGGGGUCUGCGGACAAGCAGGUUAAGUUUUGGGAUAUUGGGGUUGAGCAGGAGAUUGUUCCGGGAACGAAGAGGAUGAUUUCGAAGUUGAAGUUGACGCAUACGAGGACGUUGAAGCUUGCUGACGACGUUCUUUGCGUGCGUAUCUCUCCUGAUGCUAAGCUUAUUGCGGUUUCGUUGUUGGAUGCUACCGUCAAGGUCUUCUUCGUCGAUACGCUCAAGUUCUACUUGUCUCUUUACGGACACAAGUUGCCUGUUCUCUCGAUGGAUAUUGCAUCCGACAGCAAGCUCCUCGUCACCUGUUCCGCAGACAAGAACGUAAAGCUCUGGGGUCUCGACUUCGGUGAUUGUCACAAAUCCAUCUUUGCGCACCAGGACAGUAUCAUGCAAGUCGUCUUCGAGAAAGAGGGACACAAUUUCUUUACCUGUUCGAAGGACAAGUUGGUCAAGUACUGGGACGGUGAUAAGUUUGAGAACAUCAUGAAGUUGGAGGGACACCAUGGUGAGAUUUGGGCUUUGGCCGUUUCGUCGAGGGGAGACUUUAUCGUGUCUGGAUCUCAUGACCGUUCGAUUCGUGUGUGGGAGCAGACUGAUGACCAAGUCUUCUUGGAGGAACAGCGUGAGAAGGAGAUGGAGGAGUUGUACGAGCAAACCCUCGUCGCUUCCUUGGAUCAGGAGGGACAGAACCCCGAGGAUGCGGAUGCGGAGGCCAUCAGUGCUGGUAAGCAGACAAUGGAGACCUUGAUGGCUGGUGAGAGAAUCAUGGAGGCGUUGGAUUUGGGUAUGGAGGAUAUCCCUAUCGUCAAAGCAUGGGAGAAGGCUAAGGCCGCGAACCCCAACCUCGCCCCACCGCCACGAAACGCAAUCUUCGUUGCUCUGGGCAAUAUCACCGCUGAGCGAUACGUCUUGGACGUCGUUCAGAAGGUCAAGCCAGCACAUCUCCAGGAUGCAUUGUUGGUGCUUCCUUUCGACAAGGUCAUCGCGUUGUUGACCUUCAUCGACAUCUGGGCAGCCCGCGAGUGGAACAUCCCCCUCAUCUGCCGCAUCCUCUUCUUCCUCCUCAAAACCCACCAAUCUCAGAUCGUCGCAAACCGUAUCAACCGCCCCAUGCUCGACUCCGUUCGUUCUCAUCUCAGAAAAGCAUUGCAGAAGCAAAAAGACGUUAUGGGAUACAAUUUGGCUGCGUUGAGGUAUAUCAAGAGGGAGUGGGAGAGUUAUAAUACGAAGGACUUUUUGGAUGAGGAGAAGAUGGUUGAGGAGCAAAAUAAGCAGACGAAGAAGCGUGUGUUCUCAACGGUGGCAUAGAUUUGAGGGGAUUGUUACAAGAGAGAGAAUUGGUAUCUGCAUUUUCGUUCGUGUUUUUGGAGCAUCUUAGUUAUAGUCUUUUUGUGAAAUGCAUCCGGGGUAUCUAUCCAUGACUCCCAACCUUAUUAUUAUCA